GCGUCUGUAUAUGGGUUAGGGGCAUGUGAUACGGAAGAACGUAGUGUACAAGCUAACAUGUUAAUUAUACGAUGUGAAUUACACGUCAGUGUAUUCAAUCAGCAAUUUAGUAUAUUCUUAACUGCACAGAAGAUAAGCUUAUAACUUAAGAGAAAACAGGAAUUCAAGAGUCGUGACAAGCCAGUUUUAUAUUUCGCUAAAUUGAAGUAGAAGCAAACAUAAAGUACAAACAAUACAAAAACAAACACAAAAAAACUAGAACUAAAGCUCAUUUGGCAAAUUUUGAAGCAAAAGCAAACGAACGAUAUGUCAACACAAACAACACACGCCCCAACGGCGCCGGAAUUGCCCACAACAUCACAUGGUGAAGCGUCAGCACCGCCCACUGAAUCAAUGGACGAUUGGACUUAUUUCGACAAUACAACAAACGAUGGCACAGAGCAAACUGCAACCACUGCUGCACAGCAAACCGCCACAACAACUACAACUGAAACUGUGAACUCUACCGCUGAUAAUGCCGCAUCGAAAACUACAACUUCCACAACGUAUUCGUUUCCCGGUAGCGCCCUUGGCAGCGAUUCCACAGCGAACAUAAACAGCAUUAAAACAGAAAGCAGCAGCACUAGUGGUGAUUCUAAAAACAAAAACAACGAAGAGGAGAAAGUCGAUGAUUCCAUGUAUGAAUGUAAUAUUUGUCUCGAUACCGCAAAGGACGCAGUCGUCAGUCUGUGCGGCCACUUAUUUUGCUGGCCAUGCCUGCACCAAUGGUUGGAGACACGUCCAAAUUGCAAAUUAUGCCCAGUUUGUAAAGCAGCAAUUGGCAAGGAUAAAGUAAUACCGCUAUACGGACGCAACAGCACCAAGCAAGAGGAUCCCAGAAAUAAGGUGCCACCGCGUCCCGCUGGUCAGCGUACUGAGCCAGAGCCACAACAAGGUUUCCAGGGUUUCGGUUUUGGUGAUGGUUUCCACAUGUCUUUCGGUAUUGGUGCUUUUCCAUUCGGUUAUUUCGCUUCGUCUUUCAACUUUGGUGAACCUCGUGCAGCUGCUGCCAACCGUGGCACCGUGCAAUACGAAGAUGAACAGCAAUUAUCUAAAUUAUUCCUGUAUUUGGCUAUCUUGUGCAUUGCUUGGUUAUUAUUCGCAUAGCAAUACUAAAUCGAUUAUACUUACAUACCUAAAUAUAUAUAUUUAUGCAAAGAGCCCACUUUUUAAUUUGUUGCUCCGUGCUUGCGAUUAUUAAUAAGAAAUUCAAUUAUGUACAUGUGUGCAAUUUAUUAACGAAACAUACAUACAUACGAAAUUGCAAAUACUUUUAACACUGUGAAAUUACAUUGUCAAACGAAAGAGGAAGUAAUCUUAAAGCGUAAAAUUAUAAAAAAGUGAUACCUUCAAAAUAAAUGUAUGUAAUGAAUUAAAAGAAAAUAACAGUAAACUAAUUAAAAUCAUUUUCAUCAUAAAUGUAUGUACAUGCAUAUCUACUUGCAUUUCAUAAUAUAUAUUUCAUACUAUGAGUUUUUGUGAUGAAAUAGCAUUGAAGUCAGUUUUACUUGCUCGAAGAAAAUUUCUGUAUUUUAAAAUUUUAUGAUCUUUCGCUCUUUUAUUUUUUAAGUAAUCUUUACAUUACAACAAAUUGUACCUAAAUUUCUAUUAAUGGAUUUGUGAUUAAGCGUUAAGUUUGGAGGUGAGACACUAUUUUUUUCUUUUCGCGGUUGGUUGUUUAUUUCAGAAAUAAAAUGCUAUAACCUUAUUAGAAUUACA